AUGAUGAUGGAGUCCAGUAUCAACAGCGCAACAAUCUUACCACCCUACGAAGAAGAAUUCGAACCAGUUGAUAAUCUUCAUUGGUCUCCAGAAACAGCAAACAGCAUUUAUUUGUUUUGGAUACACCAGCUCGAUGACCAAGAUAAAGACUACGAUCCAAAAGCUGACGAAUCUGAGAGUGACAGUGACAGAAAUACAAACCCGUAUAAAAAAUCUAGUUUUAACAAACAAGCAAAUAAUCAUCUUCGAAAGAGAAAAAGUAUAUUUAUAUCUGAACAACAGCUUACACUCGAAAAGCGAGGUGUAAACCAGCAACAACAAGAAGGUGUAGAUCAACUACAACCAGGUGAAGAUCAACAACAGCCAGGCGAAGAUCAACAACAACAAGGUGUACAUAAAAUACAACCAGAUGUAGAUCAACCACAUCAAGGUGUAGAUCAACAACAACAAUGGGUAGAUCCAAAACAACAAGGUAUAGAUGUACAUCAAGGUGUAGAUCAACAACCACUACAAGGUGCAAAGCAACAACAACAAGGUGUAAAUCAACUUCAACAAGGUGAAGGUCAACAAAAACAAGAUGUAAAUCAACUUCAACAAGGUGUAGAUCAACAACAACAAGAUGAAAUCAACAACAAUAAUGUGUAG